UUAUUGUAUUCACUUUGAGCUAACCGAAACGAUUCGACGCCGGUGCAUUUUCGUCGGUCCGCCAGUGCGUUCUAGUCGCUAUAGCCUAUAACCAGCUGUGCGUUUGUCCGGGGAAAACAAAAAUCUCAUAUCGGUUCGGUUAUUAAUAAAGUACAACGAAACAACAACAGCAGAAAAUCAGGUAAAAAUCGUCAUACCUACGGAUCGAUUAAAUCGUGUGCGUCGCGCAAACGGUUUUGUUGAAACAGUUUUUUUUUUUUUUAAUUUGUUUUUAUCGGUUUGUGGAUAUUUUCAUUCCGUACUUCUUCAACGAUCGGAUCGGGUUAUACCACAGAAGUCUCUCCGUUGCUGAUCAAAACCGUUGCUAUCUGUUUGUCGGAAACGAUCCAUGAGAACACGGUGAACCGCAAUCAUGUUGGAAGCAAUCAGACGGUACUUGCUGCUGGUGUGGAACUUUUUCUUCGGCCAGGAUUCUUGUCCAGAGUCUAUUAAAGACACUUCACCUGGGUCACAGAAGCAAUCGAAUGGUGUAACAGAUGAUGUAGUAGAGACAGAUAACAAUGUGGAUGAAGAACUUGUAAGCGAUGAAGAUGAUGUAAGCGAUAACAUCGACGACGAUUUAGAUGAUGAUGUUGAGGAUGAUGAUGAUGAUGACGAUGUAAAGUUAUCUGAAGAAUUUGAACAAAUCGCUAAUGACGAUGCGCAUUUGAAGUCUGAUGAACCAGAUAAGCCUCCCAAGUAUGAAGAUGUUAAAAUUCCUGAAAGUUCUAAAAUUAUAGAUGAUUUUAUUACUAGGGAAAAUGAAAAAAUAAAACAAGAUAAUAAAAAUAAAAAGGAUAGUUCUAAAAUUGACGACUUUAUAUCUAAAGAAAAUGAAGUAGCCAAGGCAAAAGAUAUAGUUGAAAAUAAGGAAAACUCACUUCCUAAUAUACAGCCUGAUAUUAAAACUAACGAAAAAAAUGAUCCCAAAACAAAAGAUGUACCACAGACACCUAAUAUUGUCCAACAGCCAGCAGUAAAAGAAGAACCCACGAAAGUCGACGAGCCAAAAAAAGUAGAAGAACCUAAAAAAGUAGAAGAACCCAAAAAAGUAGAAGAACCCAAAAAAGUGGAGGAACCUAAAAAAGUAGAAGAACCUAAAAAAGUAGAGGAACCCAAAAAAGUAGAAGAACCUAAAAAAGUAGUAGAACCCAAAAAAGUAGAAGAACCUAAAAAAGUUGAAGAGCCCAAAAAAGUGGAAGAACCUAAAAAAGUAGAAGAACCCAAAAAAGUAGAAGAACCCAAAAAAGUAGAAGAACCCAAAAAAGUAGAAGAACCUAAAAAAGUAGAAGAGCCCAAAAAAGUAGAAGGACCUAAAAAAGUUGAAGAACCCAAGAAAGAAGAAACAAACGUCAUUUUACCUGAUGUUAGCGAUGAGCCCACGUAUUUUGAUAAGAAUACUGACUUUGUUGUGAUCGAAAAAGGUGAUAAAAACCCAACUCCAGAAAGUGAGAAAGAUUUAUCUGGCACAGCUGAAAUUAAAAAAAGCUCGCAAGUAAAAAAGACUGAACAAAUAGAUGCUUUUCUAUUAGAAGAACAGAGAAACGGUCAUCAGGAAACCAUUCAAGAACAGCAACUGGAAUACAGUGACUCCGGAGAAGAAGAAGAAGAAUUGUCCGACGAAGAAAUAGACAUUGACUACGAAGACUACGAAGACGAGGAAGAAGUAGAAGUAGUAAAGCCUUUGCCGCCUGUGGCUCGUAGUGUUUAUAAGAAGAACGAGUAAUUAAACCGCGUUACUUGUUUUAUGUAGGUUUAACAAAAUUGUAAUUAAAUUAUUGUAUAUUAAAUAAAAUUAAAAAAGUCUAAAAAUAAAUAAAAUGGAAGUACAAACAA